AUGACUAAUACACCAUCGUCGCUAAAACAAAUAUCCAACAUUUCAAAGCAUUCUUGUGUAAAGACUGGACGGAUAGAUAAACAUACCCAUUCACCAAUAAAAGCACGAAAAUCUCUACCACUCGAAUGGUAUAAGAGCGAGACUGCGGUUGAAAAGGUCACUCGAUGGUUAGAGCUCGAUGAUGAAGAAACAUUCGUAAGGUCUCCUAAAAAGUAUGCCCCAACAAACUAUGGAAUGAUGGAGAUGCCAGUCAGAACAACUAGAAACGCGAACAUGAAAGCAACUGAUAAUCCUUUUAUCUCUUGCAACCAGUCAUAUUUUUCACAAUCUCGUAUGAUUUCUUCUAAAAUUUCAAUGCAACACAGAGAUAUCAGGCAGAAACGGUCGCUUCAAAAUACUAAAACAGCCAACAACCAUUCUCCCCGGUCGCUCUUUCGCACCUCUGAACUCCUAUUCUCUCGCGCUUUUCCUCGUUUAUUCGCCUGGCUCUCUACGGAAAGUGAUUCCGAGAGUGAAGAUGAAGUAGUAUACGCGACAAUGGCAUCCAAACGCUCAGUUGCGAUAUCAGACAUUAAGAUGCACGCGACAAAUUUAAUGCUGCCCAUACACGACAUUAAGAAAAAGCAUGGGGGGAAGAUUAAACGAGUGCCAGAGUCCAGUAAGCGUUUGUUUGGUGUUUUCGUGGGGAGUUGGUAG